CCUAACGACGUCAAUUUGAGAGCUCAUCAUCAAACUCAGAAGAAGAAAGACAAGAAUGAAAAAGUUUUUUUGACUCAAGGAUACAACAAUCUGUUAAGAAGAAGGCAAUCCAAACCUUACCGGUGCUCGUUACCGUCUCACGGUGGCGAAAGGGUCAUCAGAUCAGAGACCGUCGCUUCUCCGGCGCCGGUGAGCCACGAAGGAAGAAGGGCUUUACUUGGAUGUCUCCUCGCCGCCAGUUAUGGGAUUCUGUUAACAGAUUCAGCCGAAGCCGUAAGCACCAGCAGAAGAGCUCUACGUGCAUCCAAGAUACCAGACAGCGAAUUCACGACUCUCCCCAAUGGUCUCAAGUACUAUGAUAUCAAAGUUGGAAACGGAGCAGAGGCUGUGAAAGGAUCUCGGGUCGCAGUUCACUAUGUUGCAAAAUGGAAAGGGAUAACGUUCAUGACAAGUCGACAAGGACUUGGAGUUGGAGGUGGAACGCCGUACGGGUUUGACGUUGGGCAGUCAGAGAAAGGGAAUGUUCUCAAAGGACUUGACCUCGGCGUUGAAGGGAUGCGUGUAGGCGGUCAGAGAUUGGUGAUUGUUCCUCCCGAGCUUGCUUACGGGAAGAAAGGAGUGCAAGAGAUUCCUCCAAAUGCAACAAUCGAGCUUGACAUUGAGCUGUUAUCAAUCAAGCAGAGUCCUUUCGGGACGCCUGUGAAGAUCGUUGAAGGC